AUGUCAGACACUGAACAAAAUUUAGAUGCUGGUGCGGUAGCGCCCUCACCAGACAAUGCAAUGUUGUUCAACAUGUUUGCCGAACUACAAAAAAGCAUGGUAGAAACCACACAAUUUUUAAGUGAACUACGCGCUGAACGCGCAUCAAAGGCAGUCGAUUCAGAAGAAUCGCAAACGCCAGUCCCAGAGGAGGACACCACGCCAGCUUCAGAGGAAGCAAAUAACCAUACGCCAGCUUCAGAAGAAGUUCAUAGGGUCGUAAAUGAUGAUACAUUAAGCAUUCUUGGCGGCGAUGAUUUUGAAGAUAAUGAGGACCUUUUAGAUGAAAUUGAUGAAUCGUUACGGCCGUCAGACUCUAUAGGCCCGCCGAUACAUGAAAAAAUCGCAAAAAUUGUAAACGACAAGUUUUAA